AUGAGGCGCCUCGUCGCCUACGGCCUGCUCUCGACGGGCCUGACGGGCUCCGUUAUUGUGAAUGCGGUGCGCUCGCGGCCCAACUUCUUCGCUGCGGCUGUGGCGCUCGGCAAGAGCAGUGGGAGUCUAAUGGUACUCGGCAACUUUGUGCUCUUCAUCGCGAUUCUCGCGGGCAUUGCGUUCAAGCGGGUGUUCUUCGGCACGUUGCGCCAGAUCGAGUACGAACACAUGUUUGAACGGUUGUGGAUCUUCCUGACCGAGUCGCUGCUCGCGCUCACCAUCUUCCGGGAGGACUUUAGCGCAACCUUCCUCGCCUUCUAUGGCGUGCUUGUGUUCCUCAAGUGCUUCCACUGGGUCUCGGGUGACCGCGUCGACUAUGUAAGCUACCGUCAAGAGUCUCUUCAGCUGACGCCAGAUGGACCAAGUGCCCCCUCCCGGCCCCCCGACGUCGUACCACGUCCGCAUGGCGUCGGUCAUGAGCGUGCUGACGGUGGCGGACCUUGUACUGGGCACACCGCGAACGUCCUCUUCGCAUCCGAGUUCGCCAUCCUCAUCGCUUCCAUCCUCGGUAUCUGGGCGCGUUACAUCGUCGGCAUUAUGGACCUGCGGCACGCACGCGGCCGCGUCGACGCGCCCGUCUGGGAGGAAAAGUCGAUGUACCUGUUCUACAUCGAUCUGGCCGUCGACUUCGCCAAGCUGCUGACGUACCUCAUCUUCUGCAUCGUCAUCUUCCUCAACCACGGCUUCCCGAUCCACAUCCUCCGCGAUGUGUACAUGACCCUGCGCUCGUUCAUGGCCCGCUGGUCCGACCUCCUGCGCUACCGCCGCGCGACUCGCAACAUGGACGAGCAGUACCCCGAUGCGACGGCUGCCGAACUCGAAGCUAGCGGCGACCACACCUGCAUCAUCUGCCGUGAGGAGAUGGUCGCGCGUGGCGAGGGCUCGGAGCAGGAUAGCGAUGGUCCGAACGUGACCCCGAAGAAACUCGCUUGCGGACAUAUCUUCCACUUCCAUUGCCUCCGCUCCUGGCUCGAGAGGCAGCAGGCAUGCCCAACAUGUCGCCGAGACGUCCUCUCGCCUGCCCGUGCGCCGGCAACUCCGCGCCCGCAAGAGCCUCAGAACGCCGAGCAGAACCCGCAGAACCAGGCGAACCAGGCAGACGCCCCGCAGCCUCGCCCACAACCGCAGGCUGCCGCCGUCGCCGCCGGAGCGGCACAGGCAGCGGCGGACAACACGCGUGUUGUGUUCGAGGAGUACUUCCGUCUCCCGACCGUGAACGGUGACGCGCCUCCAAUUCCGAUCCCGAACCAGCCCUCAAGCGCGGCGCAGACGCCGAGCGAGACCCGCCCGGUCCUGCCAUCGAGCGACGAGGAGCGCCAGCGGUCUAUCUGGGGUGCGCCGAUCACGCCCGGUCGGUUCGUGCGUCCGCCCCUAGGCGCCGCGCCGCGCUGGCCCGAGGCUGGCUCUCGCUCCGGCACAGCGACACCGAGCAGCUCUCAAGCUCCUCCCGUCUUCACUCUUCCCAGUCAGCGCGGCCGUGCUCCUGACGAGCUCUUCGACGAGAACGACAUGCCCCUCCGCCACGCUGCUGCUGCUGCCGCCCUGCGGCGAUUCGAGAAGGGUAAGGGCAAGGAGAAGGAGCGAAGCUGGGAUGAGGCGCCGACGCAAAGGGCGUACCUCAGCGAGGCGGGCAUUGGAUCGCCGGGAACGACUGUCAGCGAGCUGUCUCGCCUUGCGCAGGCGCCUGGAAGUCGUGCCGAAGCCCGGGCAGCGCUCGAGCAGAGACUUUCGGCACUCCGCGCUGUAGAUCGCCAGGUUUGGGGUCUCGUCACGGAACUGAGUCGGCUGAAGUCUGCGUGGGACUUUGAGGACGCUGCGGGCCACUCAGCUCCCUCCGCCUCUGCUACCUCUGCUUCCACUUCAGCCCCUACUUUCGCCCCCACCGCCAGCCAUUCAGGCAGUGGCAAUGGAGCCAGAGGCAACUCGAGCAGUGUGCUCCCCCGCGCCACCCCGAGUCCGCCCAGUUCGGGACCACAGCGCCCAUCCUCCCCCCACCACAUCACGCGCGAGGUCGAUGCACCCUGGAGCAGCGUGGCGAGGAGUCUGACCCCCGAGCCGGCCAUUACGCCCCUGUUCUCCCGCCCCGCGGCGGCUGUGAGCCCCCUGGCCGAGCUGCCGCCAACGGUUGCUAAGCCUCCUUCUCCUCCGACACAACCCUCGACGCAGGCUCAGACCUUUCAAUCUCAGUCUCCUCCGCUACAGCCCCAGCCUCGGGUAGAGCAGACCCCGGAGACAGAGGAAGUGGCAGUGGAAGCGGUCGUCGGAGACGAGCCGGUGGACGAGGGGAAGCAGAAGGAGGAAGCCACGUUAGACGCGUAG